AUGAAUUCUCCAGCCGAACCACCAAGUGAUGACGAGUUUCGGUUUAAUCUCUCCAACGAAGAUCUGAACCGUAAAGAUUCAGGCAAUAUGAGCCGUCAGCUACGCAGCCCUGCAAAUGAUGGUUCAACCCCUCCAGAGCUAGCAGACUCAGAGGAAGCGAUAACUCGGAAAAAGCCCUCGGCAUGGCGACUACACUGCUACGGAGACCUUUCAAAGGAUCGUGUCCGUCGCAAACUGCACCAUACCAAGUCCAAAGUAGAAGCACAUGUGUGCUAUCCGUGGCUGCGUCGACUUGUCUUUCAUCUGUCGCAUUAUUUUCCGAAUUUACACACAUCCGCUACAUCCACUAACCGGCGACGUUCCCGAGAACGCUCACCAAGUGGUCAGAGGCACUCACAAAGUAGUCGAAACAGGUCUGUUUAUAACAUAUCUGAACGGGAAGAGAGGACAGACAGUCAGAAGACGAUAGAAACUCCCUUGCUGCAUAACACACAGGACAUGUUUCGAAAAACCACGUUAUUGGACAGCACAGAUUUGUCUCAGCGCAAGGCUAUCAAGUCCUCGAACGAUGAAGUUCACAACCGUUACAAUGCAAACCGUAAACGAAGACCCCUACAACGUCAAAAGUCAAGUGGGCUUCAUGACUUUGACCAGUUGUUUGCAAAAAAUGAUCAUCUGGAGGAGCUACACCACCACAAAA